UUCAGUGAGCCAAACACAUCACAGUGUAUUGUUGGGAAUCUCUGGGUAAUUUUUGACCGCGGGAAGAGCAUAAUAAUAGUGCUGAUCUCCCCUGGCAUUAGCAUUGCAAAUAGAAAUAUCAAUUCACAAAUUGGUCUUGCCAUACAUUAAGUACAAUUUGCAGACGGAGGACGAUAUUGGCGCGGUGUGCAGAGCCAAGGAGGCACCAAAAUGAUUCACUUCACACGAUGUAACAAGCGCAAAUUGAUACUGUACGGAAUUGUUUUCCUCGUCGUUUACGCGAUCUUUUCAUCAAGCUACAACGAGCAUCGCUCCGAGACGACCAUCGCCAAUGCGAAGCCCGAGAAAGUUUGGGAAUUUGUGGCCGAUUUCAGCAAAAUGAAGUUGCUCAAUCCAACCAUAUUGGACUUCUACAUCACCUCUGACACUGGCAAUGCGGAUCACUGGCGAUAUUCCGUGACGUACACGGAGAAAUUGGCUCACUGGCCGCACUGGCUGAACAGCGCCGAGGCCGAAGUCAGCGUCCGGCGGCUGAGUGUGGACUCCAGCCACAGGACGUGCUUCUUCUACGGACUCUACUGCCUGAGGGCGGAGGGUGGCUUCGCGUUUGCGGCCAGCCCCGGCGGCGGAACUCACGUGGUGGAGACCGUGCGGUAUCAGUGCCCACCGUUCCUGGGCAGAUUCUGCCGUGCCGAGGUGCAAUUUCAGCGCAACGCCAUUAUGAACAACUUAUCUUAUCAAUUCAAUCGUCAUUUAUUGUAAAAGUAAAAUGUGGAAAUAGCUGAAUUUCAAUUACAUUUAAUUUCAAACUGGCGGAGCCAUGCUCACACACACACGAGCAUUUUGUGUGUGGAAUCAAAACAAAUUGUUUUAAAUGAGGCUCAGCAGUCGAAAAAGGCGAAAGAACGCGAGAGGGAAUGAGUUAAUUAAAAUAAUUCGUGAUUACAGCAUUUUCUUUAUUGUGGACUAUGACAGCAAUUGUGUUAUGCUAUAAUAUUGCUAAUUUAAUUUGUUAAUGAGAUAAAAUUUUCCAUUAAAACACUUUGCCGACAAGAGAAAUUCUAGUUGGAGACUCGAAGCCGCCUCUCUCAUGAGGUCAUUUGUUAUGCUAAUUAAGAGGCAUACAAGCUGAAGAGAUGGAAAAAGGAACGACAGACAAAUAUGAUAAAUGCGUUUUAUUGAACUCUUUCCACCCCGCAAAUGCGUAUUAGAAGCGGGAAUCAAUCAACAAUUCUGACUACUUUAUCAUAUUAAUAUUGGUCGGUGCCUUUUUGAUUUAUGCGAAUGAGACUUCUUUUUUUCCGUUCACUAGACGUCGAGAGAGAGAGGAAUGAACAAAAUCCUAUUGAAAAAAUGCCAAUUAAUUUUCUCUGCGAGCAAUUUUACAAUAUAUUUCUCGUGAGCUUUUAUUUGUGGCACACAACGUCCCUAUUUGGCAUGCAUAUAAUCUACUGGGUUUAAGUGAGGGGCGUUCUAAGAAACAAUAUGCUCUUUUUAUGCUAAUUUUUAUGCAUGACGUUUUAUUCGCUGAAUAUUGGGUCAGCAUACAUGACUUUUUGAUGCCUCACUGCAAGCCAAUUGGAAAGCACUACAGGCGAUGAUUCAAAUUAUUCCAUAUUUUUUCUCCCCCAAACAUGUUUAAAUGGAACCAUUUUGUAGGAUGGAAAAGCAAUUUAUGGUUUGUAAUGCAUUGUAAAAGUGAAACAAUAAAAUUG